AUGGCGAUGGUCUGUGCAAUGUCUUGGGUCGUAUAUUUGUGGAUAAGUGCCUGUGUGCUGUUCCUCUGUCAGGGAUCUCUCCAUCAGCAGAGCUUUCAACAACACCAUCUUCACCGGGCAGAAGGUGGAACAUGCGAAGUUAUAGCGGCACACAGAUGCUGCAACAAGAACCGUAUUGAGGAGAGAUCGCAAACAGUGAAAUGUUCCUGCUUGCCUGGAAAAGUGGCCGGAACGACCAGAAACAGACCCUCCUGUGUUGAUGCUUCAAUAGUUAUUGGGAAGUGGUGGUGCGAGAUGGAGCCGUGUUUAGAGGGCGAAGAAUGUAAGACUCUGCCGGAUAACUCAGGAUGGAUGUGUGCAACCGGCAAUAAGAUAAAGACCACUAGAAUUCAUCCAAGAUCUUAAGUUUCAUUUUUCUGGUCAUCAUCACAUCCACCUGCUGAUGAACAAGGACGCCAUAUACCAACUUCAAUCUCCUUGAAAAAAAUAAAAUAAAAAAUACCCUAAGGAUUAACAAGCCAAAUGGAUA